AGCUGUGCCUGGUGUAGCACUGGUCCUGGUAACCCCCUACUCAAAGCUGCCCCCCACUCAGCAAGGAAUCCCUGCUGUCAGGCCUGUCAACUAGUUCUUCAUCCAUUUGGCCCCUGUUCUGUGGAUAUUGCAUGGCACUUAUUUUUCUGUCAGUGUCCAAAGUUUACAUCAGAUGCUGUACAGAAGCCUAAGCAUGUUAGAGCUCCUCGGUCACCUGUACCAACACAACCUGAACCCUGCGGAGUGAGAUGGAGCUCAGAUUUGGUUGCCAAAUUGCUGUAUUUCACAAUGCUGCAUGAACGCUUCAAACCCAGAAUAGUCAGGUUUGAGUGCCCAAUGAUGGCUCCAAAAUCCACAUGAAAGCACUUCUGUGAGUGUGGCCUGACUUUCUAGGAUGCUGAGCACACAGAAGCCCUGCUGGAGUCGAUGCGAGUCGCAGACAUUUCACUCUUGGGCAGUGGGCUCAGGACAAAAUGAUGGUGAGACUGACUGACUUAUUUUCAGCCACUGAACAUUUCCUCCAUUUGAUUAUUCCGCUGCUUGUUUUUCAGUUUAGAAGGUGAAAGUCCAUGCUGGGGAUCAUCCACUGGCUUGAGGUGAAACCCUUCUUCAUGCUUCCUUGCUUUGCUAAAGCAACUGCGUGAUGCCCUGUGUAUUGGCUCUAAGACCCAGGAGGAGCCUUUGCACUGGGACUGUGGAGGGGAGGGGGAGAAAGUAGGUGGAACAGAGAGGAAUAGAGGGUUUUUUUAAGGUCCAGCCAAUAGGCUUGUGUAGCCCGGGCAUCUUAUGUCUGUGACCAGUGGAUCUAAUUGCUUGUAUAAAAGAUAGUUCAUUAGGAGCCGGCUUGUCAAUGCAAUUUGGUACAUAAGAAAGGGCAAAUCGGUGGGGUGUGUGUGACCCACCAGGUCCUCCCCACUGAACGCCAGGCCAGUGCAUCCCUGCUGAGAACUGCCUGCCAGACCUGGGCCCUUUGGAUGCCAGAGGCAUUUUUGGCUGGGAGCUGUCAGCUGGAUGAGCCAGGCUGGGCUUCCCUUGGCUUGCCUAUGCGCUGGGACAGCAUGUGGCUUUUGUAGUUUUUUUUCUACUUUGAAAGUUGCUUGGCUUGGGAGUGCAGCCAGCUCCCUUCGGAGGCUUUGGCUCUGAGCAAAGUUUGGCAGUGGAGGGAGAGGAAGAGGGGAACCUGAGCUAGGCUUUUGCUGGGACGCAGGGAGAGCUGCUGAGACCAUGAGAGCCCGAGGCGCUAAUGUAGGGUAUUUUCUGCUCUGUUGUGGCUGGCUUCUGGUGAGUGGGCAGCUGAGAGGCACAGAGGCAGGAUGCAGCAACCGGGGGAGCCAUCAGUGCUGCCCUGGGAGGAAUAACGCGUGCUCGGAUCUCACGAGCUGGAGGACUGCCUGCUACUGUGACUCUUACUGUGAGAAGACAGGAGACUGCUGUGAAGACUACCAAGCCGUGUGUCAGAGAUUGGCUGUCGACUGCAUGGUGGGUUCCUGGGGUCCCUGGAGUAAAUGUGGCUCCCUGUGUGGGGUUGGCAGCAAAGACCGAACGCGGCAAGUCACAGUGCCACCUCGAAACGGAGGGACCCCCUGUCCAGACCUGAAGCAGCGGCGAGGGUGCUUUGGGGAUAGCGCCGUAUGUGAUACAGCUAAAGAGGUGGCUAAGAUUUUGCCUGAUUCCUACAAAAGGGACUUCAAGGACCCCUGGAGAAGACCUCACAUGCUGUUGAAGGAGAAGCAGCCAAGCUACUGUGUCUAUUUUCGGCUGAAGCAGGUGGGAGCUGCCUGCCGGCUGCACUUCUGGAGCAGCCAUCUGCUGAGGGAGCGGCGAGUCUGCGUGGAGUGCCAGGGGGAUGCUGUGGGCAGCCGGAGCCGAUGUGAAGGGGACGGGCUGCAGGGAGCUAGGACAUUCUGGACUGCUGCCUCCGUCGCUGGAUGCCAAGGCUCAUGGGUCCAAGAGUCUUUGCAAGAAACCUGCACGUGUCCUCCACUGUCCCUCUUAUUUGUGUAACAGUCUGACAACUUGGGUCACGAACCUUAAAAGAGGAAGUGAGAGAGUGACACACAUAAGCUGGCAACACGGCGGUUUAUGGCUUUCUGUCACUAGGACAUGCCGGAGGAUGAAGGAAAAGCCUCCUCUGAAUGAAGUUCUUGCUGCCCUUCUUACCUCAUCUCACUUUCUUUAUAAACCCACAUUUUCUAUGAAACUGUUUUUUUCACCACAAACCUAUGUAUUAUUUCAAAGCACAAGAAUGUCUCAUUCUUUUAAACUUUAUACCUCUGAAACCUUGCUAUCUACCUCCAGCAUUGCAGAUAAUAUUGAAAGCAACUCUUUUUCUGUGUUUCUCACUACUUUGCAGAUUUGUAAUAAAAGGAGAGAGAGAAGAAUAUUGCAAUAUCCUUCUUUUAAAAGAUUGUUUUUUAAAAUGCAAGGAAGAAGAAAAUUGCUAGGGCCACUGCACCAAAGGUAAUGAUGAAAUACAUGGGAAAGAGAUUAAAUCUGAGUGUGGAAGUGAUGUCAUGGUUACAUGGGAUAACAUGGACAUAGCGUCAUAGUUAGCAGUGGAGUCAUUUCUGAAAAAUGAGUCAUUGAACUGAUUUCCCAGUGGGAAUAAAAUAGGCAUGUUUAGCGUUAGCCAAAACCUAAGGAAAUGCCACUUUAUUUUUCUCCUGUGCUAUUGCAUAUACCUGUUCAGAGUUGCUUCCAAGGUUUUAAAGUUAGGGUCAUUGCUUUUCUUUUGACCCUUCAGAUGAUUUGAGUGGGAUGGGGUGCUACUUGCAAUAUCCUCUUUGCAACCCCAACCUAAAGGUGAUCAAAAUAUUGACUUCUACCUUGAGAAAAGCCUAGUGAAAUUACAUAAGAGGUUGUCAUCUUUUGUUAUGUUUAACACUUUUUGGACUGAUGUGAUAUAUUUAAAAUAUAUCAUAUGAUCUCUUCGCCCCAGUAAAUCUAUUUUACUCCCAUUCCUUCCUGUGGCCCCUAUUUCAGCUCAUGGCAAACACACAGAACAGGGUUUUCAAGCUUUCUAUUUAAUGAACGAGGUUACACUCACAUGCACUUUCCCCAGAGCCUCUGGAGUUGCUACCCUCUCCUCUGAGAACAUUAAAAACUCAAGGCAAAUGGUUAA